GUACUAGUGGUGGAAGUAAUCCAGCUAAUAUGCAGACUAGUCUAAUGCAGGACGACAGCAGCUACCUGUACACCGCGCAAGUCGAGCUGGACGCGAUCUGCCGCUUCGACAUCCGGCCGAUAUCCGCAGCGCUGCAGAUGAACAUGAACGGCCUUUGGUCUUUGCAGAACGGAUAUCAAAUGUAA